AUGGCACUUCCAGUUGUUCGAACCUUGAAUGAAUGCGCAGACUACUUCAGCACAGUCGCGCCAUAUCUUGAUCAGUUGCGUGCAGUGCCACAGGUCGUCUUUGACAGUAUUGCCAAUCCUGCAGCUCUCAAACAGGUCUACCUGGAUACGAAUCCUCUCCUGACUUCCUUAGCUUUCGUAUUCGCCAUCGCGCCAAUCUUUCUCAUAACCUCUGAGAUUAACAGGAAUUAUUCUCAGGUCGACCGCUUCUGGUCGAUUCUUCCCACCAUCUGGAACAUUCAUUAUGCCGUCUAUGGUCAUUUGGCUGGGGUGGAUACGACAAGGGUCGACGCUGUGGCUGCUGUCAGUACCCUAUGGAGUAUCCGCUUAACUUACAACUACUUCCGUCGAGGUGGAUAUUCCAUAGGGAGCGAAGACUACCGCUGGGUGAUUGUCAAGGACUAUGCAGGCCCGGUGGCCUUCUUCCUCUUCAAUAUUGUCUUCAUUUCGUUCGCCCAGGUUAUCUUAUUGUUGCUCGUCACGACGCCUACAUAUGUCCUGCUUCUCACUGGACGACUUGCAAAGAACAGCUCUCUUACACCGAGCUGGACCUCGCGAGACACUAUCGCGGCAAGCGUGAUGGUUCUCGCAAUUUCCACCUCGUUUGUGGCAGACCAGCAACAGUGGAAUUAUCAUCAAGCCAAGGCGCAUUACAAGAAGACUGCAAGGGCCCCACACGGCUACAGACGGGCUGAUCUUGAUCGCGGAUUUCUGACUGGAGGUCUCUGGGCAUACUCUCGACACCCAAACUUCACUGCUGAACAGACUGUCUGGGUCACGCUCUAUGUCUGGUCCUGUUUGGCCACAGGAACUUGGUACAACUGGACUGGAAUUGGUGCCGCCUCUUACCUCUUUCUCUUCCAAAGUAGUACUUGGUUGACGGAGCUAUUGUCCUCUCAGAAAUAUCCUGACUACAAGUUGUAUCAACGCGACGUUGGGAAAUUCCUGCCCUUGCCUGGAGCGACCGCGAAUUUCCCUGAUAGUUCUGCCCAUCAUGCCAAUGGAGGUGUACAGAAUGAAAAGGAUGCUGUGAAAGCACGCGAGAGAUAUGAUCUGCGAUAG